GCUAAAGCGAAGCAUUCUGUUUUACAAGGUUGACGUCUGAGCCAUCUGUUUACCUUCGCGUCUUAACCAGAAAUUCCAGUGAAAUAUGGUGAUUAAGCGAAUAAGGUCUGAAUACAUGAAGAAAUUUAAGGACCCUAAAUGGGAAACGUACGCAAAAUGUUAUGAGGAUUUGCUGAAGUACAGAUUGUCAAGACGACUGUUGGAGCAAGCACACAACCCCUGGUUUUGGGGAGAAUGGGGAAGUGACACAGCGUCCAGUGGUAAAUCUACUCCUCUUUGUCGGAAUAAAGUCGAACCUCUGAAGACCCAUGAUGAGACAGCAGAGCCAGCAGCUGAACCAGAACCACAAGAAGUACAAGACAGAAAAACUGUUGAAACCAAGCUAGUUACCCGAGAUACUGAGCAGAGUCCUCAAGGCAAGGGGGAAGAGAAAAACAGAGAAUGCUCUCCUGCUCUCAACCCAGACCUAGAAAUUGAUACACAUACACUGAACAAACCAAAGAGCAAACAACGCUCCUCACACAAGUGCACAAGUACAAAGGUCAAGCCUCAUGCCACCAAAGACACUGACAAAGAAAAUCGUCACCCUUUUGCCUUAUAUGGCUCAGGUGAGAGGCAUACAGAUAUGGCCUCCAAGAAAACCCAUAACGUUGGUCCAGCAGCAUCAACCUCAGAGAUCCAUGAAUCAGCUUUGCGAGCAAAAACCAGACGGGAGGUGGAAAAGCAGAUAAACAGCGUUGACAAACAGAGAGCAAUAUCUGCUGACAUAGAAAUUAACAGAAGCAAGGUUGUCCCUGAAUACAACCCCUGGAUGACAGAGUACAUGCGCUGUUUCUCUGCUAGGUCUCGGUAGAAUAGAUUUCAUUAAUACUUUGGAAGAAAAUGUCUGUGACUAUCUAAACCACUCAGGCUUAAAACCCUGAAACAUUCCUGGUGAUGACAGCUAACUUGCCGUCUCCAAAAUUAGUCACAAUGAAUUCGACACUGGGGUUUUGAAGGGUUUAUUUACAACAAUGGACAGGUUACAUUUAUUGCAUAAAACAUGAUAUCACAAUCCAUUGAUGCUGCAGGGCAAAUUGUCAAACAAUCGCAGGCCUUGUUGCUUGAUUUUGUAUUAAUAAGUUACAUGGAUGUACAGGCCAUGAGAUUUAUUGUCUUUACACUCUUAGCCAUACUGUUGAAGUAAAUUAUGAACGAUUAUUUAAGUGUUGAGUAAUUGUUAGACCGUUACUAGCAAAUGUUGUAAUGUGAAUUAUAAAUUAACUAAAUUAUUUGUGUUAUACUGAUUAAUAUUUAGGGUCAGUGUAAGGAAAACUGUUUUGUACUUUCCUGUGUAAAUCAAGUCACAUUUUUUUUUAAACUGGCUGCCUCACACUGGCAGUCCAACAGUAAAACGAAUAUUUACUUCCUGAGAUAUAUUAGAUUUGGUUUGUUGUCUGUGUACAAUCAUGGUGCAUUUCACAGGGUGUUCAAGCUGAACAGUAGUUAAUAUCAUUACAAUGUAGAAGCUGUCAAUGUUUUCUGUAGCAUGUAAUGUACAUGAUGUAAUCAUGUUUAAGGAUAUCAUCUCUAAAAACGUUUUACAUACACAAGGAAAACAAAAUUCCAGUAGUUCAGUCUUAUAACGUUUUCAUCAUCAAGCAUAACUUUCAUUCAGUGUGAUGUCAUUUAGUAUUUAGUGGCACUCAGGUAUUUUAUUCUGGAAUGAUGCAAAGAUGACAAUUAUUUAUACUACGGUAUUGAACUCAUUUGAAAAUUGAUGUAAGGUAUUAUUAUAUUUGGUUCAGUAUCUUUAAUUGAACAAUGCAUGUGUUAUAUAAACAAAUUACAGAUUUUGUACAGGUUAUAUUUUCCACAGCUUUUCCAAUGUCAAUGGAAAUUUAGCAUAUUUCCAUAUAGCAAUGUAUUAUGUGAAUGGUGUUCUUUAUACUGCAAGAGUAAUGAAGCCAUAAUGUUUAUUAAACACUCAUACAUUAAGAUAAUAAAUAUCAAUUCCACUGUCUGAUUUAUGAUACGUGGAAGCUAGUUUGAAGGGUGUUUAGAAAUGGUUUAAGUGCUUAGUCUGCCUGUUAAACUUGAGGUAUGUUUGAAUGUGUAACAUUAACAGUAGACUGGUGUUACACGUCCACUACACUAAUGGGAUUAGUGUGAUGAGAAACCCCUUUAAAGAGGCAAUUUGGUAGUUUCUAAAUGUUUCAUAGUGUUAUGUCCUAAUAUAUUUAACAGAUUUUACUGUAUAAAGGGAGAUAUUAUUGGUUGGUUUAAUAGUUGUGAACUGGCUUGGCUUAAAAAAAAUAUAUAAUAAAGUAUAACAAAAUUUAGAGCCAAAUUAUGUCUGGAAAUACUUAUGUUUGCAUAUGUUUAUCCUUGCAUUCAAGGAUUGAUUGUAGUUCUUUACAUUUUUAAAAGGGCAUACCAUUAAUAUAAGUAUAAAGCUCACAAAUACAUAUCAACACAAGGUGAAUUCAAGCAAUAUCUAUUAACUCAUUACAGUAUUCUGUUCCUGGACAUCAAAAUUCUCCAAGCCUGCCAAGGUUAUUUCCAUUACAUUACUGGAAAAAGUUGGUGGAAACUGGCAAGCCUAAACCAUGUGUUAGAGCCAGGGGUGAAUCUUCUGUUUUAACAAACUAGGAGAAAUGUGAAGGUCUGGCAAUACCUCCCUUAUUAGCCCACAUGGAACAGAUUUUAAAAACUAUGUUUCAUUUUCAUAAAAAAUACUUUUGACUGUCCAGCAUAAGCUUGGAAGUUUGUCAUUGGUUCACAAACUGUCAAGUGCAUUACACCUGAUUACUCAAUUAUUUAACAUUUAGAAGCCAGGUUUGUGUUCUUUUCUGACUAAAUGAAACUUUCUGUUACCACAAAAUGUUUUUCCAUACCGUUCAUUAAAAACAUCUUUCAUAAUAAAGAAGCCUUUGCUCCAAUUGUGAGUCUCUUUUUCAUCUUGAUUCUAAGUAAACACUUCCUGUGAUCACUACUACACAGAAUUAGCCCAAUUCAAAUUUGUUUGUGGUGGUCAAUGUAAAGUGGAGAUUGUUGGAUUAAAGAUGAACUUGGAAGGAAUCAAAUGCCAUUCAAUCCAGUGUAAAACACAACUAUUUGGAAUCUGUCCCAUCUCAAAUUCUUACAACAACAAUGCUUGAUAUAAUGGCA